CACGCAUCAGCCUGGCACUAGGGAGCUCUCCCCAUUCUGCUGGGCAAACAUUACUCCACCUGUUGAACCCUGUUCAUCUCUGAGGUAUGAAACAGAAGACAGAGGCCAUUCUGAAGGACUUGCAGAAGCAUUUCCGGGGAGGAUGGUUUGCCAACAUACAGAGUCUCACAAUGGUGCCAGAAAUUAUCCAGUACAUUUGCCACAAUAUGAACAGCAUCACUGAAACCACAGCCCAAGGGACCAUAAAGAAGAUCCUUUACCUGCUGGCCCAGACCUACACCGAUGAAGUUAUCCUGACCCUGUUUAAGAUGGACGAUCAGUCACAAAGAGGGGUUCACAAGCCCUGGGAAAUCCUGGCAUCAUUCCCCAAAGGCUAUGAAGUGAUCAUGGAAUUUCUGCUGCAGAAACUGGCUCCACACCAGAAAUCAAAGGGCCAGGAGCCCAGCCAUGGCAUGGAGAUCUCUCCGUUGAUUGCCACCAGGGCCAUCCAUGAGCUCCUGCUGGAACCAAGUCGGCGGAUGGAGGUGCAGACCUUCUUCUCCUCCCUGUUUAUGGCCCUGCUGUUCCGGAUCUCCUUCCUCGUGCUUGAAGGGGACACGGACAUCCAGGAUCAGCAGCAUGCAACCGAAUGGGUGGACCCUGUCAGUUCCAGCAUGGAGGCCCUGAAGACCUUGAUGCUAAGUACCGGGUAUGGAGACUAUGUGUCUUAUGUUCAGAAACUUGGGGCCUGGGAGCUGCUCACCAGUCCUGAAAGACAUUAUGAGGGUGUCACUCUGCUGGCCAGGACCAUGGUCAUCAAGAAUUGUUGGCAUAACCGCCCCAUCUUCAGCCUCAUCAUCAGGAUGCUCCAAGAACAGGACUAUACGAAUCACUUAACGGCCCUCGUGUUUAUGACUGAACUGCUCCGGUGCCCAGGUGUGGCCGCCAUAGUGGACGAAGCCGCCGUCCGCAUUCUGGCAGACUGGUUCCACUCUGAGGAGCCCGCCACGGUGAAGCUCCUGUUGCAGGUGGUGGGGAUCUUUGCAAAGCACAGGAACAUGGUGCGACAGCUCCACAUCCUCCAGCCCCACCUGCUCCACUGCUGCUACUCCCAGGACAGCGCCAUUGUGAUGGAGGCGCUCGCGGCGCUCAGGUGUCUCACCGAGCACCUCAGCUGGCAGCACUCGUCCUCCUUCCUUACUCAGCUCACCUUCACGCUCGGGCCCUUCUUUGAGGAGGUGAAGCCCUUUGCGGGCUCAUUUCCCUUCUCUGGGCGUCCAAGGGAGUUGGGCAGAAUUAUCCGGAAAGGCCCCUGUAGCCCGAACGUGAGGCCAUCCCGUAAAGGUCUGCUUCCGUGUGUCCUCUCGGGUAGCAUCUGUAAAAGGCGUGAGAUGUGCCGAGAGCAGACGGCAGUGACAAGGCAGAACGGGGCUGCUGUCCGAUCACGGAUCCCUGGGGGACAGGAGUGUGCGUGGGAGCGUGCGCUGGGAGCGGGGAGCGCGGGGCCCUCGGCCCUCCAGGGUGGACAGAGGUGGAGGUGUCUUCCGUGUAUGAGUCUGAGCAGCUGCGCCUGA